UUGAAUUUUGUUUCUUUGUAAUUGUCAAUGGUUGAUUUAUUAUCAUCAUAAAUUAUAAUAAUCGAAAAAGUAUAUUUCAAUGUUAAUAACGAAAAUCGGUGAUUUUAAUUUUGAUUCAUAAAUCGAAUGUGUGAUGGCCCGAAUUAUUCUUACAAGAAAUUCAAUGAAUUCUAGUGCCUGUACAUUGGAUGAUGUUGAUGUUGUUGAAGUUGGUUCCAAUCAUUCAUAUGAUCUUUCUAAUGAAGAUGAAGAUGACGACGACGAUGAUGAUGAUGAUGAUGAUGAUGAUGAAGAGAAUGAUGAAGAUAAACAGAAUGAAAAAUAUCUACGAAAAUUAUUAGAUGCAAUUGAUAUGAUUGUAUUUGAUCAGGAAGAAUAUCCAGAUUUAAUCGAUAUACCAGAAACAAUAUUACCUGAAAUACAAACUUGGCAAUGGAAAUUUCGUACAAAACAUGAUGCCAAUUUAAAUCGUCAAGGUCGAACAUAUGAAAAAUCACCACUACCAUCACAAACUGUUGACCUUUCAUCGAAUAAUAAUAGCAGCAACAAUCGUGAAAAAACAUUGCCAAAAUUAUCAAUAAAAAACAACACAAAACGUAUUGAACGGAUAUCAUUUAUAAACAAUGAAACACAAAGACGAGAAAUUGGAAUGAUCAAUGGUAAACAACAACAGAUAACAUUGCCACCGUUAUGCAUAUCGAAACAAACAUCUAGAUGUCCAACUGGUUAUGUUUUAUUGAAUGAAAAUCCUGAUUAUAUUAGACCUGAAUUUAGACGUAAAGCAAGCUUAAUCCUUAAUGGUAUUGAUAAUAGUUCGACAAAAACAACAACGAAUAUAACGAAAACAACAUCUUUGUAUUUUGAAUCAUCAUCGUUUUUAUCAUCACCAUCAAUCAUUCAACGACAAUCACCAAUGAUAGUGUCAUCUAUAUUUCAUAAUCGUCGAAAUUCUUCAAUACGACAAUCAAGAAUUGAUUCUUCAAAUCAUCAUCAUCAUCAUAAUAAUGAUGAUCAUUUACGAUUACGAUUGCCAAUAUUAUUGAAUAAUAAUGUCAAUGUUUCUCAUUCAAUAACAACAACAACAACAACAGCAGCAGCAGCAGUAACAGCUAGCCAAAGACGUACAACAGGCAUUGCAGGCGUUUAAAAUGUCAUCAUCAUUCUCUAAUGGUAAAAGAGUUAAAAAAAAUUCACGUACAAUGAUGGCAAUUAAAAA